AUGACUACGCUUCAAAUUCAGCAAGCGGCUCCAUCUGCUUGCUCUGCUUCUUUUCAACCCUCAAUCUCCCACCGUCCACGUGUCCUACGCUCUCUCUGCCAUCUCCGACCCUCUUCUUCGUCUCGCCUCUCGUUCAAGGUCUCUCUUCCUUCCACGACGACCUCAUCGCACGACAAGUCGUUGAUCUCAUUUCUGCUCUCUGCGCUUCGGCUGAUGCUUAGCUCUGAGCUGACCUCGUCGCUAGGGUUUCCGAUCGCCUCUCAUCCGAUCCGUUGGCCUUGA